AUGCCAGUUUUGGCAGCAACAAGACUCCUACUUUACGUUUCGGCUAUACAGUCAUUUCAAUUCGAUAUUAUUUACCGUACAAACGAGCAUGGUAAUGCUGACUUUCUAUCACGAUUACCCACGAAUUCAGAGCAGCUGUCUAUUCAAGAUGAUGUAACAAUUUUUCAAUUACAGCAAAUUGAAACUCUUCCAAUUACGACCAGAGAUUUGGCUAAAGAAACUGAAAUGGAUGCAGAACUUAGUCCUCUGCUACGAAUGCUUCAAAGCGGCGGUGAAUUGAAAGGAAGGGAGAUGGAGUACAGUCUCCAAGAUGGCUGUAUAAUGUAUGGCCAACGCGUUUGUAUUCGAAAACGAUACCGUGAUAAUGUUUUGAAAGAGUUACACCAUGGGCAUUUAGGGGCUGUAAAGAUGAAAGCAAUUGCUAGAUCUUACGUAUUUUGGAAUGGUAUAGAUAAAGAUAUCGAAAAUACUUCCAAAAACUGUUCUGAAUAUGCAAAACAUAAAAUAGAUCCUCCUAAGGUAAAAGUUCAUCAUUGGGAGUACCCGAACGCUCCAAUGGAACGUAUUCACAUCGAUUAUGCAGGACCUAUUUUUGAGCAUAUGUUUUUGAUAACCGUCGAUGAUCACUCAAAAUGUCUAGAAGCCUAUCCGAUGAAAUCAAGCUCGACUUUAGAAUAG